AUGGCACAACGUAACGACGGCAGCCUAGCGGACUGGGAAGACGGGUCCUUCUCGGUCGAACCCACACCAUACAGUACCCACAUGAGCGACCGGGGCGGCAUUCCGCUUGUAGCUCAGCGACGUUUUGAGGGAGCAUCCGCCAACAGCCUGCAUCCCAUCGCGGACCAGAUUAGCGUUUAUGCAAAUAAUGACAUCAACGUCCGACCUGGCACCUUUCGUAACCGGCUCAGUGGCCAACAGGCAGCAAGCUUCAGAAACGAUGGUUCCUAUCGCCGUUCCGAGCAUUCCGACCCCGCCAACACAGCGUGUCCACCUCCAGAGCAUAUCAACUCCACACAAAGUGAUUUACAAUCGAUAUCUAGUUGGAUAAUUGAUGAUAAUGAAUCAUCGGCCGACCCGGGAAUUUAUAACAACCCGUCCACUGUCUUUGAUUCUCUACCGCGCCAAUACCACAACUCGUCUGACUACUCCGCGUCUCCAUUCCUCUUUCAGAUCGCGACAGAACCAGCACUCGAUGUUUUUUCAGAGCCUGCACAGACAGAGGCUCUACCCGCCGUAGGCUGGGACUUGCGGGCUAUUCGUCCACCCGAUUUCCACGAUCCCGCCUACGAUUUGACCAUCCGAGAUCACUCCUCCGACAAAUCAUGUAAGAAAUUCAGGCCAUCCCCCAGCAUUAGCGAUUAUUCGACAACUAUCUCGCUCGUAGAGCAGCUUCGGCCAUGCACCGUCUCUUCUGAAGUCAUCGGGUCGGAUCGAUCACGCUCCGAGCAAACAAGCAUCAAGCCGUAUGGCGAUCAUACUGUAUGCGAGAUAUGUGGUGCAAAGUUCACUGGCCGCUACGCACGAGGCAACUGCUCUCGGCAUGUUCGUCUGUUGCACUCCGAGAAGCCAGCGCAACUAGGUUCGGACCUUGUCUGCCGCGUCUGUCACAAAAGGUUCAAGAGACAAGACGCAAGGAGGAAACAUGAAUGGCGCAAGCAUGAGAUCGGCGAAACUAAACCGAUUCCACGACGACAACUUGCAAGCGCAGGCAAACUUUCGCACGCAGAGAAGCAUGAGACGGGUAGCGACCAUGGAACGGCAACUUGCACCACAGCCCUACCAGAGGAAUCUGGCGUCGAGCUACCGUACUCCGUGCCUCCGAAGACGCACCGGGCAUAUGAUCAUUUCGCCAAUGCUAGAAUGAAGUUGGAUGACCAUGCGUACAAUCUUUACUGCCAUGUGGUGUUGCUCCAGUACCAACGCAUCGUCGAAGCAUUCCAGUUCGAGCAUUCGGAGCUCCACGCCGCGUUCGUUCAGCAACUGCAUGUCCUGAAAACUGAGCUACUCUCCGAACCAUAUGGCCAGUCAGACUUCAAUCAACCCGCAAACCCUUGCCCAACUGAUGCUCAACAUCCCGACCACGAGCAUGAUGGAGGGGUUAGUGACCGCCAAAACAAGGGAAAAUCCCCUAUCAGCAGGCGCACUUCCAAAGCGUCGUCGAGAUCACACCCGUACUCACACCGUCCAAGCAAGAAAACUGCUGACCCCUUGCUUGAUGCCCUUGAACAAUUCGACGUACCUGAAUACCAGGAACUUGAUUGUCCGAUACAUAAAUGGCAUCUCAUGUAUGGGCAGACAUCGCCGUGCAAUGGUUGCGGUAAGCCAUACAUGAACGGUGUUCGACAGCACUUACUUCCCACCUAUUCGCAUCAGCAUCGGGCUCAACUUCCAUUCAUUCAACGUUGUGACAACUGCAAGGACGACUUUGUUGACGCACACAUUUGGGCUCAAGGUGGCCAUUGGGUCCGAAGACAGCAAGGAGCUGGUACUUGUCGCGCAAGAAGCCAGCCUCAGGGUAGCAGCCUCAUAAUAUGGGCGCGCCUUUUCCUAAAGAUCUAUCCAGAAGAAACUCAGGUCACAAGUCCCUAUCGGAACGAUCAAAGGCUCCUCCCUGCCAACCUCGUUGCUUUGCUACGCAAUGACAUUGGCUUACCACAAGUUAUGUCGCGAGUCAAUCCUCCGACUUCACCAAACCCUUCUCUUACCCUACAACACCCCGAAGGACAACACGACCAGGGGACAGAGACGCAAAACUUGCAACAGCGCUUUGAACAAAUGGAGGCUGAAUUGGCCCAAAACGCCACUGUAGAUACCCUUGUGUCACGAGCCUCGGAAGUGCUAGCCCAGUUCUUGGCUCAAGAGUUCACAGAGACGAAUCACGAACGUGUUGACAUUGAUGCUAUCAAAAUCUACUAUAUCAAUCGCCUCGACCAACUCCGUCAAAACGCUUGGGCUCAGCUUACUCAAGCACACCAGCCCCAUCCUGAGUUUGACAUGGAGCAAGCUUUGCUUGCACCCACAGGACUGAUUCAAGCAGAGGUGCCAGCCUUCGGAGGCGCUGCCGACUUCCUUAACUUGCCUUACCAAACCGAGCAAACCUUAGGUACAUCACACAUUCCUCAUGCCGAGAUGGGGACACAGUCAAGCAGUCAAGACUAUCAUACAGGAGAUGUAUCCUUUGGAAUCACUACAUCAUCACGCACCAGCCAUGACCUCGGGCUUCCCUCAAAUGACCAAUCGCAACAGUUAGACGCGCAGUUUUGUUGUCUAGCUGAUCUUACCGACUACUCGCACACAUCCCACAACCACCGCCAAUACCUGUCACCCCAUGAUGUCUAUCUUCUUGAUCAACCGGGCUCAUCACGGUUACCUCAACGACUCGCUGCCAAUUCGCUGAUGUCGGAAGUCGACUCCAUGAUGACCACGCCACUUGACGCAGAUGAUCCCUUCUAUUACGCGUCAAUGGACCCCGAGUACGAUAUGACCUUCUCCGACGUCGGCUGA